AUGCAGAAGCAUGACCUCGGCAUCCUCCUCCUCACCGCCUUCGCCGUCUUCUUCUCGCUCCAGUUUUUAGGUGACUAUGAUUUUGGGUUUGCUGACCCUUUUGACCUCAAGUACUACUACAAAGCAGAAAGGAUCCGUCUAGACUUUGUGUUAUGGGUUCUGGUGGCGAUGCCGAUGGUCAUCGAGAGGUUCAUGGACUGGACAGUGUCGGGGCUGCCGAUGUACGAAGAGGCGAAGCUGCUGCUCGUCAUCUACCUCUGGCAACCCAGCACACGGGUAAGCAUGGUGUUCAGAUUUCAAGGUGCGGGGCACGUGUACGAUGGCUUCCUCCAUCCGCUGGUGGCAUGGCACGAGGCCGACAUCGACCGUGGCCUGCUUGAGCUGAGGGCUAGGGCGAGGGACGUGACGGCGUCACAACUCAAGGCGACGGCUACCAUCGGUCAAGUGUGGCUUGUCGAGGCUGCCCGUUGUGUUUCGUCGCAGCUGCAGGACGUGAGAUCAGGUCGGGAAGGCGCCACGCAUUGA